CAAGCCUAGGAGUAUCCUAAUGAACUGCUGAAACAUUUUUAGUCAUUAUUAGCCAGUCAUUUAGCUCAAUAACCUAGUUAGUCCUUAUUUAGCUGUUUAUGAUGGUCCACCACAGGCAUAUAAAAACAUCUGAGUGAAGCUCCAGGUCUCUGAAGAAGGCCAGUGAGACACGCUGUAAGGACCUCCCUUCUGUCAGAGUAAAGAAUUCAGACUCUGAAAAGUGACUCUGGACUGACAUCUCCAAAGAUGCAGCUGCACAGCCUCGUCCUGACAUCAGCCAUUCUGGGCGCAGCCAUCUGGUCUUGUCUAGCUGAGGAGCCCACAAAGACAACCUUCUGUGUUGAUGGACCUUUAAGGAAUGGAAAAGAAGGAAGACCUGGUCUGCCUGGCCUGAAAGGAGAGAAGGGAGAGAGAGGUUUACCCGGACCUAGUGGGCUGCCCGGUUUAAUGGGACUUCCAGGCCAACCAGGGAUUAAGGGAGAAGCUGGAAAUCGUGGCUUUCCGGAAGUUCCAGGACCACCACCUGACAUGAGCCUCCUGGCAAAUCUGAAAGAAGAAAUUCAGGUAUUGAAGCUCAGCAUCUCUAAUCUUGAGAAGCGUAUUCCAUUUAUCUACUGGAGCAAACAAGGACAAAAGAGAUUCGGCACCAAAAACGACCAGCUAACCUUUGACCAGGGGGUGAAGCUCUGUAAGGAAGCCGGUGGAGAAAUUGCAACGCCAUCCAAUGCAGAAGAGAACGCGGCCUUAAUGGAGCUCGUGAAGUCGGCUGGAGAAACAUACCUCGGCCUGAACGACAUAAGAACAGAAGGCACGUUUGAAGACGUCAGUGGGACUCCUGUGACGUUCACUAACUGGAAGUCGGGGAGGCCCAGUAAUCGUGGAGGCCAUGAGGACUGCUCUGUAAUAACAGCUGAUGGGACCUGGAAUGACGUUCACUGUAGCCAGAGUCACGCCAUAAUUUGUCAGUUUAAGGGAUAUUAGGCAUGGCCGAUGGAUGACCUUUUAUUACGAUGCUCUUUUACUUUUGUGCCCAUGCAAUCUGUCAUAACUUCUGAAAGAGCUAAUUUUGAUAAUUUAAUGUUAAGGUGAAAUUCACAUAAGUAUCUGCUUAACUAGAAUAUAAUGCUAAUUUUACAGAGCUACAUGCCGUGGCCUCUAUAAUGUUUGGGACCAAGACACAUUUUUCCAUGAUUUACUGCUCUGAUCAAUGGUUUCAAAUUACAAAAUCAAACAAUUUAGACAGAAUUAAAGUGCGCAUUGCAGACACUCGUAUAAGGGGAUUUGCAGACAUUUUGGUCACACAACACAUUUUCUACAUAAUCCUCCAUUUCAGGGCUCCAUAAUGUUUGGGACACAGCAACAGCAGGUCUGUUAAAGCCAUUGUCAUAUUUAGGACUUUGUCGCAUAUCCCAGCAUGCAGUGCCUGCUUGAAGUCUGCGAUUCAUAGACAUCAGCAGGUGCUGAGGGGUCUUCUCUGCUGAUGCUCUGCUAGGCCUCUGAUGCAGCCAUUUUCAGCUCCUGCUUGUUUUGGGGGCUUGUCCCCUUCAGUUUUCUCUUCAGCAUAUGGUAUGGUCAGUUGGAUUUAAAUUAGGUGACUGGCUUGGUCAUUCAAGAAUUUUCUGUUUUUUAUCUUUGAUAAACUCCUGGUUGCCUCAGCAGUGUAUUUGGCUCCUUAUCUUGUGGGAAGAUGAAGUGCCGUCCAGUGAGAUUGGAGGCCUUGACUAUAACUUGAGCAUAUCAGAGGUUUCUACACACCUCAGAAUUCAUUGUGCCGUCAGCAGUCCCAUUAUCAGUGACGAGAAGUGUGCCAGGACCUGCAUAGAUGGUCUACCCUCCAUCUCACUAUAGCUAGAAGAAUUAACACUGUCAA